GGCUAACGGUAAUUUCAUGGAUUGCAGAUGCCUACUCCUGCCAGCGCAAGUGCACAAAUCCAGAUGUUAAACAGUUUUUUUUUUUUUUUACCGGCGCCUUCAGUUUUCUCUUUCACCCCAUUUCACUCCAUGGUCUUUUAGGGCAAUAUAAGCGCCAUGAGUUUUCAUGGUCCGGCUCCUUUUACCCCCAGAUGUACAUCCAGGCGGAGCCCCCCACCAACAAGUCUCUGUCCAGCCUGGUGGUCCAGCUGCUGCAGUUUCAGGAGGAGGUGUUCGGACGACAUGUCAGCAACCCACCUCUCACCAGGUUGCCGAUGAAGAGUUUCCUGGACUUUAAGUCUGGUGGGGCUCUCUGCCACAUUCUGGCUGCAGCCUACAAGUUCAAGAGCGAUCAGGGCUGGCGCAGGUUUGACUUUCAGAAUCCUUCUCGGAUGGACCGCAAUGUGGAGAUGUUCAUGACUAUCGAGAAAUCUCUAGUACAGAACAACUGUCUGAGUCGACCAGUGAUCUACCUGAGCUCUGACAUUGAGGCCAAGCUACUGGGGAAACUGAAGGACAUCAUCAAGAGGCACCAGGGCUCAGUGACUGAAGACAAGACGUCCAGCUCCCAUGUGGUGGUUCCCAUCCCUGCCAGUCUGGAGGAGGAGGAGUGGGUGCGUCUGGUAAUGAAGAGAGACAAGCAGGUGCUGCUCCACUGGGGAUACUAUCCUGACAGCUAUGACACCUGGAUCUCAGCCAGUGAGGUGGAGGCUGCUGUGGAAGAAGCGCCCAGCCCAGAGAAACCCAGGAAGGUCCAUGCCAAGUGGAUCCUGGACCUUGACCAGUUUAAUGAGUGGAUGAAUGAGGAGGACUAUGAGGUGGGGGAGGGGGGCCCCAAGAGGAAGAGAAUCUCAGCCAAGACCCUGACGGAUGAGGUCACCACCCCAGGGGACGAGCGUCGUGACAAGAAGCCCGGCAGUGCCAAGAAGAGGAAGCGCUCGCCCUCCCCCUCGCCCACCCCACCACCCCAGGAGAGCAAGAAGAAGAACACAAAGAAAGGGUGUGGGCCCACCACCCCGUACACUAAGUCUAAGCGAGGCCAGAGAGAGGAGGAGCCAGAGGAUCUGACUAAAGAUCUGGAUGAACCAUCACCUGUACCUGCAGUGGAGGAGGUCACCCUACCUAAGACAGGUACACAUGCUCACACACCCAACACUAAGAAAGACUCUGAGUCAACACCAGUAAAGGGAGGUACCAUGACAGACCUGGAUGAGCAAGAGGAUGAAUCCAUGGAAACUGCAGGAAAGGAGGAGGAGGAGGGCUCUCCGAGUGUGAAGGGAGAGCCGGUGAAAGGUUCGGACCUCCAUGAGGACAACGUGACCGAGCAGACCCACCACAUCAUUAUCCCCAGCUAUGCUGCCUGGUUUGACUACAACAGUGUCCAUGCUAUCGAGCGUAGAGCCCUCCCAGAGUUUUUCAACGGCAAGAACAAAUCCAAAACCCCUGAGAUUUACCUGGCCUAUAGGAACUUCAUGAUAGACACUUACAGGCUGAACCCGCAGGAGUACCUUACCUCUACCGCCUGUCGUAGGAACCUGGCCGGAGAUGUGUGCGCCAUCAUGAGGGUGCAUGCGUUCCUGGAGCAGUGGGGUCUGAUCAACUACCAGGUGGACUCAGAGAGCCGGCCCACCCCCAUGGGCCCCCCGCCCACCUCCCACUUCCACGUCCUGGCUGACACCCCCUCCAGCCUGGUGCCCCUGCAGCCCAAGGCCUCCCAGACUCCGGCGGCCCAGCAGAUUCUGUCCUUCCCAGACAAGGUGAAGGAGAAGCAGCCAGCCGACCUGCAGAACUUUGGCCUGAGGACAGACAUGUACAGCAAGAAGACUGGGCCUCCUAAGAGUAAGACUGCUGCCAGCGCCAUGCGAGACUGGACUGAACAGGAGACACUACUGCUGCUAGAGGGUCUAGAGAUGUACAAGGAUGACUGGAACAAGGUGUCGGAGCACGUGGGCUCACGUACCCAGGACGAGUGUAUCCUACACUUCCUGCGUCUGCCCAUCGAGGACCCAUACCUGGAGGACACGUCCUCGUCCCUGGGCCCCCUGGCCUAUCAGCCCGUCCCCUUCAGCCAGGCAGGCAACCCCGUCAUGAGCACAGUGGCCUUCCUGGCCUCCGUGGUGGACCCCCGCGUGGCCUCCGCAGCCGCCAAAUCUGCCCUGGAGGAGUUUUCCCGUAUGAAGGAGGAGGUCCCAGCAGCACUGGUGGAGGCCCAUGUGAGGAGGGUGGAAGAGGCGGCGCGGACCAGUGGCAGACAGGACCCCCUCUACGGCCUGGAAGGCAGCGGCAUCGCAGGCACCAGCCUGGAGGAGGGAGAAAAACCUGAAGAGAGCAGCGAGGAGAGUAAAAGUGACAGCCAAUCCAGUGAAGAGAAGAGGGAGACCAAGGAGAACAAAGAGGGAGCCAUGGAAGAGGGGGAGAAGCAAGGAGAAAACGGGAAGAAGGAGGAGGAGAGAGGAAGAGAUGGAGAAGGAGAGGGAGAGCAAGAGGCUGAGAAGACCGACUCGGAGAUGGGUGAUGGAGAGAAGGAUAAGGAAGGGAAGGAGGGCUCGGAGGAGAGCCAGAGAGAAGGAGAGAGUGAGGGAGAGAGGAAGGCUAAGGUGGAGCGGGAUGUGGGAGAGGGGAACCUGGCUACCGCAGCUGCCUCUGCCCUGGCUGCUGCUGCCGUCAAAGCCAAGCACCUGGCUGCUGUGGAGGAGAGGAAGAUCAAGUCUCUGGUGGCUCUGCUGGUGGAGACUCAGAUGAAGAAGCUGGAGAUCAAACUUAGACACUUUGAAGAGCUGGAGACCAUCAUGGACCGAGAGAGGGAGGCGUUGGAGUACCAGAGGCAGCAGCUACUGGCAGACCGUCAGUCGUUCCACAUGGAGCAGCUGAAAUAUGCAGAGAUGAGGGCGCGUCAGCAGCACUUCCAACAGAUCCAGCAGCACAGCCAGACUGGAGGCCCACACUCCGCCCCGGCCCCCACUGGCCCCCCACCCCCACCCCAGGGCCCCUCAGCCACCCAGUCCCAGCCAACCCUCAGUACCCCUGCACCACAGCCAGCUCCCAGCCCAGCACCCCCUACCACCUCCAUCCCUUCCUCUGCCCAGCCUGCUGAGCCCCAGCCGCCCCCCAGUGGUCCUCACACCUCACCUCCCCGCCCGCCAGGCCAGCCCCCCACGGCCCACUCCAGCACCACCCCAACACUCCACGAGCCUAGUGCCCCUCUACCUGAGGAUACACACCACUCCUCAGCCCCAGUUCCCCCUCCACAGUGAAAAGAGAGAGGGAAGAAGAGAGUGAGAGAAAGGGUCCUGGCAAACUGAAUGACAUUGACCACUUUGUACCUAUGAAUCCUGCCUGUUUAAUCUAAAAAUGAAGAAGUCAAACUGAAGGACAUAUAACAAACUUUGAUCAUGUUUAACAUUUUGAACGAUUUACAUGAGAAAGAAAAGCAAAACAAAAACAUUUCACUGAAGUCUACCUUACCUUACCAGAGUGAAUAUAAAGAUCCCCCUCAACUAAACAAGAAAAUACCAAUGAAGAACUUUAUCGGUUUUCAAACUAACAGUCCCCCAGGCAUUUUUUCAGACAUAAGUUGCCUAAUGACUUUCACAUCAGAGCCCAAGGUUAAACCAAGAGAGAAUGGUCAUGUAAAUACACCACUUGACCUGAGGAUAUGAAGAGAACUAAAAGGCUCUUGUCUGAGCAGUCCUUUGACCAGUGGUGCUUUGGUGCUUUCGUUUCCUGUUAUAGUUUACUGUAGUCAGAUGUCCUACCAUGUUCCCAGAGGUACCUACCUACCUAUUCACCCACGGUACCCCUGGUAGGAAUUUAUAAAAGAGAAAAAAAAGAUUUGCACUUUGAAAAGAUGUUUCCCCGGUGGCCAUAUCUAGAGACAUGAAGCAUUAUUAAUGGCUCUAUUCAAUAGGCGUUGCAGAAGUUCAGCGUUACAGCGUGAUUGAAAUGUGAAGGCAAUGUUAGCGGAGACUGCAUUCACAGUAAACACUGCAUAUGUCAGCUCAAUCUGGAAAUGACCUUUACAUUGCUAUUGCGCAAUCUGUAACACUUCAGCAAUACAGAUUGAAUAGAGCCCUAACUCAAUUGACCUAAAGCACUUAGCUGCUCUCUUGUUUUGAACUUUUACUACGACGUCAUAGUUUCCAAAUAUGAGAUUCUCAGUUCUAGGUCACCUUAUUUCAUUGGUUUGGCUGCUUGUUGCCCUAUGUGUGUGAAUGUGCUGUUCUAGAGCAUUGGGGUUGGUCUGUUGGUUAGAUGUAUCGUAAACUGAAACAAAGUAUGUGUUAGGGAAAUGAAAAAGGAUGAACGAAUGGUAUUACUCUUUUGUAAUGAUAUGUAUUCUGCGUGGAAACCGUCUCAUCUUGCCCUAUUGCCAUUUGUUAUUAAGACUAUGUACUGUAAACUGGAUUUUCUGUUACGAAUGUUUCGUUCCAAUUGGAACAGAAAAUCCCUCCAUGACUGAGCAUUAGAAACCACUUAAAGUAUUGAUGAAGGGCCACACCCCCAGAGUCAGUGUCCUCUAGGACACAAUGUCCUAAAAGGCCUUAUUUGAACUCUAUUUUGGGCUCGAUUCAAUCCAUAUAGCAAAAGUUUAGCGUUACAGUGUGAUUGAAAUGUAAAGGCAAUGUUAGCGGAGACUGCAUUCACAGUAAACACUGCAUAUGUCAGCUCAAUCAGAUAUGACCUUUACAUUGCUAUCGCACAAUCUGUAACACUUCAGCAACACAGAUUGAACAGAGCCCUUUGUUUUUUAAGUUUAACAUCUGAAGCACUUCUGAAACAGUUGCACAUGCUCAGAGCAGAGCAUAAUCAUAAGCCUAGCAGUAACUGCACAAAUAAGAUGGUGUUUGUCAGUAUGUCCAGUAUGGCUAGUCAGUAUCAGUGAAUCAUACCAUUGUAGAGAUGAUACUCUAAAACAAUGACUGGAUAUAGCUCCGGAAGAACCUUAUUGGCAACUUCAAAGAUAGCAGGUAUCACCAUCACAACUCUGUUCAUUUUUUUAGGUUUGCAAUUUUCUCCAUAUGAGUUUGUGGGAUGCGGACAUUUGGAAAUCCACUGAUUUUUAUAGUUUGUUUUGUGUUUUCCAAUAACCUGUCCAACUCGCAUGAAGCUGUUAGUAUGUGAUGGAAGUGGCUUUAAUGUUACAAAAUAACUUUCUAAAUCAAGGAAUCUGAGAAGUCAGUUCAGCUUACAGAGGACAAUUGUGUCCUUUAAUAUCUGUAAACAAUAUCUUCUCUAUGUAUCCUAUCUAUUUUUAUAAUAUUUGACUGUCAGGUUUUCCAUUUUUGUUUCUUUGAUAUUAUUGUUUGCAUUUUAUUGCUGUAUUUUAUUAUCUAUGUAACCUCUAAUCCCCUCCCUCAUUGUCAUGUGCGCGAUCCUGAUAGGCCUCCAUGACCUUUCAAUCAGUGUGACUGUGAGCAUGGGUGUGUUUUCCCCACUGUUCCUUCAGUUCAGUUCCAUCUAACCCCCUUGUGCCAUUGUAUUUGAAUUGUUACAAAGGCUGAGGAAUUGGGAUGCUCAUUGUUCUCAUACAGAAGUAGAAAAUGAUGACACAGCAACACAUUACACAAACCCACUCCUCUGACAGUGUCUACAUAUACUCUGAUAAUACAACUUGUGUCCAGAUAGCCAGUGUUAGAAACUUCACUACAGUCGUGACCAUGGAUGGACUGCUUUGGUCUCUAUUAUUGCAUUGUGUGGAUUUCGUGAUAUGAAAUACGUGUGUAUGUUCAGUUUCUUGUUUCUGUUUGUUUUUCAUGGUUGCUAACGAUAGCAAUGAUUGCAUUGAUUAUACAGUAGAAAUUAACCUUUCCUCAGUCAAACUCUUGCCAAAUGAGUGUCAACAGUUGCUCUGCCGUUCGUAUUGAAUUAAAAUAUAUAUAUAUGCGAAGGUUUUACUUACAAUUUUUUGGGGAAAGUCAAAUAAAUGAAGAUGACGUGACGUGUAUAGUUUGGUCAUUGUUGCUACUGUGGGGAUCGCAAUUAUUGACACCCUGGAUAAAGACGAGCAAAAAUGACUGCAUAAAAGAAAUAAUUCAAAUACUGAGCUGUAUUGUAUGCAAUAUAUUUGUUUUUAAUUAUAUUAUUUUAUACUAAUACAAUUGCUCAAAGAAAGAGAUUUUGUUUAAAGGCCCUGUGCAAUCAAAACUGAUUUUUCCUAAGUUAUAUAUAUAUAUAUAUAUAUUUCCACAUUGAUGUUGGAAAAAAACUGUAAAACUGUGGAAAUGGUGAUAAUGCGCUUUUAAGAGUGGCUUGAAAAGACCGCCUGAAAUUUCAGCCUGUUUUGGUGGAUGGAGUUUUGCACUGCCUGUUGACAACCCCAGGUGGUAAAUUAGUUUGUAGACCAAUAAGAAAGAGAGUUCCAAACCUCUCUGCCAAUAACAGCUAGCUUUCAGUUUUCCCCUCCCAGCUCAGACCACUCCCAGACAGUCCUAGUGUAACGAUGUUGGUUAUGUUUCCACUUGCCACUGCAGAACUAUGUUUUCGAUGUUUAUGUAUUCUUAUUGGUUGGGUGAAUUUACAUAUCAAUAAAGUGUUAUGCCAUUCGUAA